AUGGCGGCGCGGUGCCGGCUGCGCUCGCCCCAGCGCUCCUUCCGUGCCGCGGCCGCGCUGCGGAGGCCCGCGGAGGAGCAGCACAAGGAGCCGGCGGCAUCCUCCUCUCAGCGCCAGUUUGAUUCCCACCCGGCAGAUGACGCGCCCGAGCCGGGGACGCAGGACGCCUGGGCCAGUUACACUGGCCAGGACGGCCAGGAGUCUGAGGACUCCGCGAGCGAGGAGCAGCUGCAGCAUCGAAUCCUCGCGGCCGCGCUGGAGUUUGUGCCCGAACACGGCUGGACUGCAGAAGCCAUUGCAGAGGGAGCCAAGACGCUGGGCCUCUCUGCUGCGGCCGCGGGGAUGUUCCGCAGCGACGGCAGCGAGCUGGUCCUGCACUUCGUGUCUCAGUGCAACACCAAGCUCGCCGAGCUGCUGGAGCAGGAACAAAAACUAGUGCAGCUGGGCGAAACACAAAAGAAGACUACAGAUCAAUUUCUAAGAGAUGCUCUGGAAGCCAGACUAAGGAUGUUGAUUCCAUAUAUUGAGAAGUGGCCCCAGGCUGUCAGCAUCCUGCUGCUCCCACGGAACAUCCCGUCCAGCCUCAGCCUGCUCACUAGCAUGAUCGACGAUAUCUGUCACUUCGCGGGAGACCAGUCCACGGAUUUUAACUGGUACACUCGGCGGGCCGUGCUCACCGGCAUCUACAACACCACGGAGCUGGUGAUGAUGCAGGACUCCUCGCCGGACUUCGAGGACACGUGGCGCUUCCUGGAGAACAGGGUGGCCGACGCCGUGAACAUGGACAAUACGGCGAAGCAGGUAAAAUCAACCGGAGAAGCUCUAGUCCAGGGACUGAUGGGAGCUGCGGUCACUGUGAAGAACCUGAGCGGCCUCAACCAGCGGCGCUGAGCGGCGGCGGCGGCAGCAGGAGGCGGCUGCGGAGGAAGGCGCCGCGGGACCCGCUGCUCGGCCCGGCUGCCCGCGCCCUGCCGCGCUUCGG